AUAUAUAUAUAUAUCAAUACCAUCCUAAAUUCUUUCAAUUCAGCCUCCUCACUCAUCCUCCUGCAAUCAAACACCAUGGAUCUGCGCUGGUCCCUUCUUGGCCUGGUGGCCUUUGCUUCAUUUGUGAAAAUUACUAGGUCCAAGGAUCAACCGGCAUCACCAAACAACAAGAACAACAUGGAUAUGAGCAAACCUCAAUUCGGAGCCUCUUCCUCAUCUUCUUCUUCCAACCAUUCAUGCACAUAUGAUGUUUUUCUGAGCUUCAGAGGUGAGGAUACGCGCAAAACUUUCACAGGCCAUUUGUACAGCAAUUUGGAUAACAAGGGAAUUGACACUUUCAUAGAUGAUGGGCUUACGAAAGGAGAAGAUAUAUCACAAGAGCUUCUCGAAGUAAUUGAGAGAUCAAAGAUUUCCGUAGUUGUAUUUUCUGCCAACUAUGCAUCUUCAAAGUGGUGCUUGGAUGAACUUGUCAAGAUCAUUCAAUGCAAAGAAUCCAAGCACCAAAUCGUUUACCCAAUUUUCUACAAGCUUGGUAGAUCCGUUGAAGAUACGAUACCAGAAUGGCCACGUUGGUGAGGCAAUUGCUCGCCUCAGCAAACACAAGGAUAACUUAGAGAAGGUGGAGAAUUGGAAGGCAGCUCUUAGAAAAGCAGCAACUUUGUCUGGGUGGCACAUCUCGGAUGGAGGGCAUGAAGCGAAUGUCAUUAAUGAAAUUGUUAAAGAGAUAUCAACCAAAAUAAUGAAAUGCAACCCUUUAAAUGUGGCAAAAUAUCCUGUUGGAAUAGAAUCUUGUGUAGAAGACAUACGUAAGCAGUACUUACAUGUAGGGAAAGACAAUCGUCACAUGGUAGGGAUAUGGGGAAUUGGUGGAAUAGGAAAGUCAACACUUGCAAAAGCUGUUUAUAAUUCAAUUGGCCAUGAGUUUGAACAUAGCUGUUUCUUGACUAUUGGUAAAGAAGCGUCAUUUUCAGAUGGAGGUCUUGUCCCGUUACAAAACGAAUUUCUUUCUAAGAUUAUAGAGAGGAAUCCACCUCAGGUGUCCAAUGCUGAUAAAGGAAUCCGUGUGCUGGAGCAAAAACUACGCCAGAAAAGGGUUCUCUUAGUUCUUGAUAAUGUGAACCACUUGGAUCAGUUAAAAGCACUUGCUGGAGAGUGUGAUUGGUUUGGUCCAAGUAGUAAAAUUAUCAUAACAACAAGAGAUAAAAAUUUGCUACAUGCUCAUGGAGUCAAUACCAAUUCAAUAUAUGAAGUCAAUGAAUUAAAUCAUCAAGAUGCUUCAAAGCUCUUCAAUUUAAAUGCCUUCAAAAAAGAUACAUGUCCGGAUGACUUUUUUGAACUUGCAACUGAGGUAAUACUUUAUGCUAAAGGGAUUCCAUUAGUUUUGGAAGUUUUGGGGUCAGAUCUAUGUAGUAAGGAUAAGGAUGAAUGGAGAGAUGCAUUAGAGUAUUAUAGGAGCUAUCCUAACCAAGAUGUUCAAAAAACUCUCCAAAGAAGUUACAAUGGAUUGCAUGAUAAGAUACAAGAAGUUUUUCUUCAUAUUGCAUGUUUCUUUAAAGGUUACGAAAAAAGCUAUGUGAUUGAUGUACUGGAAAGCUGUUAGUUGAAUGCCAGGAAUGCUCUCAAAGUCCUCAUAGAAAAGGCCUUAAUAAAAAUUGAGAAAGGCAAUGAGAUUUGGAUGCAUGAUCUUAUAGAGGACAUGGGAAAAGAAAUUGUUCGGCAAGAGUCUCCCGAUGAGAUAGGAAAACGUAGUAGACUGUGGCUUUACGAGAAUGUUCGCGAGGUCCUUGAGGAAAACACAGGAACGGAUAAAAUUAAAGCCAUUAUGUUGAGAAGCGAGAGUUGGAAUUCACAUAAGAUACAGUUAAACGGCGGAAGCUUCACAAACUUGAAAAAUCUUCAAAUUUUUCGAGUCGAUGGUUGGGAACUUGAUGGAAAGAGCGUGGAUUAUCUCUCCAACCAGUUGAGGGUCCUUGACUGGGGUGAUUAUUCAUUACGAUCGCUGCCAACGAAUUUUAACCCGAGGAAACUUGGUAUACUGGAAAUGGGUGGGCCCUGCACGACUCCUCUGGGAUUGAAAUUGAAGGAAAUGCCACACUUGAAAUCUAUCAGAUUGUGGCGCUGUCAUGGUCUAACCAGAAUUCCCGACUUGUCUGGAUUAACAUGCUUAAAGGGGCUGCACCUUACUGUAAAGAUUUAGUUGAAGUUGACCCUUCGGUUGGCCGUCUCGAUAAGCUCGUCUGUUUGAGACUCAGCAAUUGUAAAAAGCUCCAGAGGUUUCCGAAGGUGAUCAACUUGAAAUCUUUGGAAACUCUGGAUCUCUCUGAGUGCCCGCUUGAGUUCUUCCCCGAAAUUGAGGGAGACAUGAGGUCUUUGAAAGACCUGAAUCUAAGUAAGACUGCCAUCAAAGAGUUACCUUGCUCAGUUGGAAAUCUCACUGGCCUUAAAUCCUUGUCUCUAACUGACUGUCCUAAUCUUACAAAUGUACCAUCGAGCAUUUUCUAUGGAUUGCAACGUCUGGAGUAUCUUGAUCUACAGCUCUGCUCUGACCUUGUUACAUUUCCAACACAGUCAGAAUCACGUCCUCCACCGGUCUUUUCAACUAAUUUCCCGAGAUUAGAAGUUCGUCUGAACGGAUGCUCGCAGCUUAAAGAAAUUUCAGAAUUUCCACGAGAAAUAGAUAGCUUAUCUGUGCGUGGUUGUGAGUCAUUGGAAAGAAUUUCAAAGCUGUCAAAUAUUUUGGAGGGGAAAGAUUCAAAAAUGUUCGGCGUGUUGUACAGUUGUACUUGACUUCCUGCCGGAGACUCCGCGACAAUCUGGCUCUGGCCAUGAAGAGAACCAAGAAAUUGACGGCUAGGGAAUCAUCUUGGAUGGGAAUCAUCUUGAGAGAGGCAGACAAAUUGACGGCUCUGUUGAUGAGAGAGGCAGACAAAUUGACGGCUCUGUUGAGACUGUUUUUCUCUUGUGCGAAAUCUGAAGAAUUCCAAGCAAAAUUUCCUGCAAGAGCUCCGAUUCCAAACUGGUUCACCUGCCGUCAGGAUGUGAAGAGUGAAGAGCAUGAGUUUUGCAUUGAACUUCCUCAAAACUUCAAUCGGGACAACAAAGGGUUGGCUCUCUGUAUUCAAUCGGAUUCUGAUUACGUCACUCAUUUUGUUUACAUCAAUAGAAUAAAGUUUGAUGAGGGAUUACGCGUGGGUCGGCAUGAAGUGUGGGUGCAUUAUAUUCCAUUCGUUACAGUAAGAAAGAGGUUGAGUGAAAGUGAGAUGCCGCAACCUGAUAUGUUUCGAGUUAUGUUUCGUCAUAAAAAACAUGUUGGAAAUUUUUUGGGUUAUAAGGUAAGCUGGGGAGUCCACCUGAUCGAAGAUUUGGAGGGAGAAGGUCAACGAUAGUCCAGCUGACUUCCAGCAGGUAUGCUGAUUCUGCUGCCACUGAGGAUGACAUUCACACACCCGAGUUACAAAACACUUACCUCGGAAGAACUACGUCUUUAAAAGCAUGAUGCUCAAUCAUCGUAACACAGUGUUAAAGAGUGUUCAAUUUAGAGGAAAUGGUCAAGUGAGUCUUUGGAAUCAAACCUCGAGAGCAUGAUCAAUGGAGUUGAUAAGACCUACACCGAGGGUAUCUACGUCUGAAUUCCUUGUCUGUUCCAGAGCAGUAAAGACACACACAUUGGUCAAUAUUUCAGAAAUAAAAGGACAGGUAAAAAUCCUUAUCCAAUGUCUGUAUUAAGUUGAGUUGCGAAGGAACUCAAUGCUCCAGAUAUGGCUGAUACAAUAGAGCAAGUGGAUUAUGUACUUCAUUAGUAAGCAAGGUUGGGUAUACCAUGGAUUUCAUUCAGUUUUUCCAUGCAUAGUCAGACACACCUCAAGAGGGUUUGGUCUCUUUGCAGCUUUGGUAGCAUAGUGAAUUCCGGCCCUGUUCCAGUCAAUUGUCACUAUCCCAUUUGCGAGUGUAAUGGAUUCUGUUUCACAAGUUUACUUCCAAUUUCUUGAUGAAUAAUCUGAUUAAGAUGAGAGGAAAACAGCAUUUGGGCCUCCUAAGAAGAAUCCAAUACAUGCCUGUUGCAAGUUUGAGUCAUCCUCGAUAAAAAGGUUCAAAGGGGUAGAAGAGUUGAGGACAACAGCAUGUGGGCCUCUUAAAAAUGUCUGCCCAGAUUGAGGAGGACAUUGAUGCAGAAGAGUUGCAGGCGGGUGGAAGCAUUUCACCUAGAGCAUAUAGUGGAACAACUUGGUGAUCGAUCAACAUAUAGAAGAUGCUGAGAUUUUUAAGGGCCCAGCAAGUGUAGGGUGAUAUGCUCAACUUGAGGAAGGAAUUUUUCUGUUCAACUGUGGUACAGACUUCUCUGUUUAUUUUGUAGACAGACUGAUCUAAUCAUUGGGAUGCCAAACUGAUCGAGAUUUAAUUAGUUUAGUACUGGGUUCUACUCUACACUCAUCUUUGCAACUCUCUUGAUAUUUGACAAGGAGCUACUAGUGCAGACAAUCUUUGCAAUAUGUAUUAAAGAAUGCAUUGUAAAGUUCUUGCAAGAAGAUUUUGGAUUCUUGGUAGCUGCCUUGCAUGGUGUAUUACAUCCCUACUUUUCCGGUCAGUUCUCAGCAUUACCAGAAGCAGUCUGGAAAUGCCAACAUGGAUCCUGCAUCGUGCAUCUGAAUACCAAUGCAAUCAGUUCGAUUUUGCACAGCUGGUGUCUUAGAGAGACCAUGAUCCUACCUCUGCAGUAGGAAUACGAGACCUGCAUGACUACUUUAUAUACUCAUGUACCCCAAAUCUCCAACACAAAUUGUCCCAACUGGUGCAAGGUUAACUACUGACAGAAUGUUGCAGCUCUGUCUCUGGAAGAAUUGGUGCGGGAGAAUAUUAUGAUGGAGUUUAGCAACUGGAUCAAAGGUUUUUCUGUAAGCCUUGCUCUUGGUACAAUCAUGAAAGCUGAAGUCUAGGUUUAUUCAAGGGUCUUCUUAUUCCAGCUUAGUUAAUCUGCAAAGAGCCUAUUCUGUGACACUAGCUGGGACAUCUCAGUGACUCAUGUCUAGGUACAAGGAAGUUGAUGAAACAGCAGAUAACUUGCCAAGCUCGAGCAUCCUUAGCCAUUGAUUUGGAACUUUUGGCUAACGAAGUAUGGAUUUGUAAAGACUGGGGUUAUGCAAUAUUGCAAAUGCAAUGCUAGUUUCUUUCACGUUUCGGUGCCAGACUUCAAAAAGAAAAAGAAAAAGGGUAUUGCACCCUAUGUAGUUGAAUUUCAGCUAUCUUGUGUGCCCCAUGAACCGUUUUUGGCAUGGGAAACUGAUUUCUUUCUCUCCCUUCAAAAUUUUUAGUUGUAUUUUUGUAGUACAUUUAGUUUUUAGUUUUUAUUUUUAUUUUUUUUUAACUCUUCUGUUCUAAGAGUAGUCUCAUUUUUCCUUGAUCGUUGUUGAUCAAGUUUGGGAGCCAUCUUUCCUUCAUUGUAAGUUUGGGUUCAGUUAUUCCAUCUUCUUGGGAUUGCUCUGUCUAAGUCCGGUAUCCCAAAAAAAAAAAAAAAAAAAAAAAAAAAA